AUGGCACCCAAGAACAACGCCAAGGGCGGCGACAAAAACAAGGCUCCGAAGGGCAAGGGCAAAGAAGCCGGAGGUGAUGCCGCAGGCAAGGAGAAAGGAGGCAAAGGAGCGCUGAAAGCGGCCACGUCAAUUAACGUUCGACACAUCCUGUUCCAGUGUGAAAAACACUCUAAGAAAGAAGAAGCGCUUGAGAAAUUGCGCAACGGUGCCAAGUUCGACGAGGUCGCCCGUGAAUUCUCUGAAGACAAGGCGCGACAAGGCGGAUCCUUGGGCUGGAAGGUGCGUGGAAGUCUGGAUGCAGCAUUCGAAAAGGCUGCAUAUGAAUUGGAGCCCAGUACCACCGGAAAUCCCAAGUAUGUUGAAGUGAAGACAGGCUUUGGAUACCAUAUCAUCAUGGUAGAAGGCCGUAAAUGA